AUGGGGGCCGGAAAUCUCUGGCUUGUGCUAUCUCUGUGUCUUUAUUUCCUCGGAAUACAUGCUCAGGAUGGUUCCACUGACCCCUAUACCUGUUCGGCCUCUAGUCCAUGCUCCAUUGGGUGUUGUUCAAAUACUGGACCAUCAUGUAGUGGCACCAGUACAAGUGGUAGAACAAUUGGAUACUAUGAAGGGUGGUCUACUACGCGCGCUUGCGACCAGGUACCACCGGAUUCGCUCCCAGCGGGCAUCUACUCACAUCUCAACUAUGCUUUUGCCCUGAUCGACCCCAACACCUUCGAGAUUGCGCCCAUGAGUGAGUUAGACACAGUUCUAUACCCGAGAUUUACAGCCCUCAAGGAUUUGAAUCCUGGCCUUGAAACGUGGAUCUCCGUGGGAGGGUGGUCUAUGAAUGAUGCGGAUCAACCGACUGCUGCUACUUUCUCCAAUCUGGCAGCUAGCUCGAGUGCUCAGUCAUCAUUCAUCACUUCACUUCUCUCUUUUAUGACUACAUAUGGAUUCGAUGGAGUCGAUAUUGACUGGGAAUAUCCUGUUGCGCCAGAGCGCUCAGGCCAGCCAGCUGACUACAAAAACUAUGUGUCGUUUUUGACAAAUCUGAAAAGUGCACUUGGAUCCAACGGCCAUAACUAUGGGCUGAGUAUCACACUACCCUCAAGUUACUGGUACAUGCAGAAUUUUGAUAUCGUCAAUCUGGCCAAGAUUGUGGACUGGUUUAAUGUGAUGACCUACGAUCUCCAUGGUACCUGGGAUUCAACGAACAAAUUCAUCGGACCUUACAUUAACGCCCACACGAACCUCACCGAGAUUGACUUGACAAUGGACCUGUUCUGGCGGAAUGAUAUACCUCCUGCGAAGAUUACCAUGGGUUUAGGCUUCUAUGGUCGUAGCUUCACUUUGACUGAUCCAUCAUGUACAGUUGCUGGAUGUCCAUUUAGCAGUGGAGGGACAGCCGGUCCCUGCUCUGCGAGCUCCGGAACUCUCAUGGAUGUAGAAAUUCAAGCUGUCAUCGCAGCUGGAGGUGUCGUUACGCUUGAUAGCGCUGCCGCAGUCAAGCAAGUAGUCUGGGAUACAAACCAGUGGGUCUCUUAUGAUGACGCUGAUACUUUCGCUUUGAAAAUCGAUUAUGCUAAUGGCAAGUGUUUGGGAGGGACGAUGGUAUGGGCCGUAUCCAACGAUGAUGGCAACUGGACUGCAUCUCAAGCAUUGGGAAGUUCGACCAGCCUUGGGCUUUCGAAGAAAUUAUCAAUCUUUGGGGGACCUAGCCCAAAGGUUACUGACACCAUUUCGAGUUGCUUAUGGGGCAAUUGUGGAGAGCCUUGUUCAUCUAUAAAUUCAGGUCUAUCUGCAGCUACAUCCGGGUAUGGAUGUCUUUCCCUGACCCCAUCUCUGACCCCUGCUAAUAUUCAUAGCUCGGGGCAAAACAAAGGAUCGGUGGGAAUAUAUUCAGCGUGUCCUGAUGGCCAAACGCGUCCUUACUGCUGUCCGCAGAAUGACGUUCCUACUUGCACGUGGCGGGGCAAGGCGCCAUUUUGCGGAUCAUCAGGCAAGUGCGAAGAUCUGGAAGUUGAAGUGGCGAGUGACAUAUCCGCUGGGGGCGCUGAAUGCUGGACUUCACACAAGGUACUUUGCUGCACCAAGACACAAUCAGACGCCCAGGCAGGGCAAUGUGGUAAGUUACUCUAG